AUGAGCGUGGCGGUGGUGGGCGCUGGGGUGAUCGGUAUGACGACGUCGGUCGCGUUGAAAACCGCCUUUCCGGAACUGAAAGUGCACGUGUUCGCGGAGGAUUUUUCCCCGAACACCACCGGCGACGGAAGUGCCGGGCUUUGGGGCCCUUAUCUUCUCGGUGACACACCUCGCGAGAAAGUGCUAAAAUGGGCUGGAACCACGCAUCGAUGGCUGGAGGAAUUCUGGAGAACGGGUCGAGCUUCGGAAAUUGGAAUUUCGUUGUUGCCGAUUUACCGUGUGACCAGUGAUCCCCAUGGAUUUCCCGAUUCUAGCUGGACUAAAUUGGUGUACGGUGCGCACAGGCUAACGUCGAAGGAUCUGACGAGACUGAACGAAGAAUACGGAACGAACUACAAGGACGGAUGGAUGUUUGUGACGUACACCAGCGAGCCAGCACGUUUAUUGCCCUGGUUGGAAGAAACAUUCGUAGCUUCCGGCGGAGAACUUCGAAGGCGAAAAAUCGAGACGUUGCACGAGUUGAUCGACGACGGCUACGAUUCGAUAAUAAAUUGCAGCGGUCUUGGCGCUCGUCGGCUCGCCGGCGAUAUCACGGUUACGCCUGUCAGAGGUCAAGUUGCCAGGGUGACCGCAUCCUGGGCUAUGCACGGGCACAUUGUGGACGACGAGGACUCGCAUUACAUAAUUCCAAAUUACGAGACCACCGUGCUGGGCGGCACACAUCAGAUGAACGAUUACGAUUGCUCGCCCCGAAAGGAGGACUCGAAGUUUAUUUACGACGGAUGCUGUCGAAUUUUACCUGCGCUCAAGGGUGUCACAUCGAUAAAAGAAUGGGUUGGUCUCCGUCCGGGAAGACCCACCGUUCGCCUGGAAUCCGAAGUGCUCGAAUCCUCCCAAGGCAAGAAGUUUACGGUGAUACACAAUUAUGGACACGGCGGAAGCGGAGUGACGCUGAGUUGGGGCUGUGCAUUGGACGUUGUUGCGAUUUUUCGAGACACUUGGAGACUGAAGUCGAAUCUGUAAAGUUUAACGAAGGAAGAAUAAAGUGUGGAGUUUUUUUUUUGGAAA